UAAUUCUGCCCUCCGUGAUGCAUCCAUUGCUUUUUUUACACAGGACCUUACCGGAUUGCACGGAGGCGGCCAGAUCAUUUCCGCACACAAUUGCCAAUAUCAUGCUUAGCCUUAGUUGCCACAGUGGUGACGUGUUCUCCUCCCCUUGAUGUCAUGCUCAUGUACUGAUUUUUCUAUCUGUAGUUCCACUGCGUCUUUGACGGUCUUGAGAAGAACGGUAAUGGUAAACGUUAUCCGAAUUUCUCCUCGAAGGAAUACUCGCCGAUCUACCGGAAAAUGCUCGACAUCAUCAAAAAUACCCUCAAGGACGAAUAUCACGGCCCUAGAUUGUCAGCACAACUUCGAGAAUGGGCCGAAGCCGGAUGGGCCGAAAAUCUCAAGCUCGACGGCGGCGCUAUGGAGGCGAGACAUGACCACCUCCAGGUUAUUCUGGACUAAACCUUUGUAUUCCGCACUCUUCACUUACCCUGUAGUCGCAUUUCUUUUGAUUCGUCAUUUACUACUACCUACUGUUAUGUGCUUUCGUGUUUCCGUGAUCCGAGAUUCAAUAUAUGUCAUUUGUGGCUAUGCUACUGUAUUGAGUGAAAAAAAUAUGUACAACGAGCAAUGUCUGCACAACUCCCAUUUUCUGAGUGGUCUGUGAGUGUCUGUACAGCCAUAGACAGAGCAAACCAGCGCUAUUUAGUCCUCACUGGGUGUGUCUGUGGGCAUCUGUACAGGGAUUGACAGAA